AUGGGAAACCGCACUUCCUGCUGUGCUAUUACCUUCUCAAGAAAACCUAAGACUGCAAAACUUAUUGAUUCUAAGGGAAACUUAAGGCAAGUAAGUCCCCCAGUAAAAGCUGCAGAGCUCAUGCUUGAAGAACCUGGCCAUGUCAUAGCUCUAGUGGAUGAGCUGAAGCAAAGGAGUCGUAUAAUAGCCAUGCGAGCUGAUGAUGAGCUUUUGCCUGGAAAGGUGUACUUGUUGGUUCCUUUAAGUAAGGUAAGCUGUAAAAUUUCUGCGUCGGAGUUGGCAACCAUAGAGUCUACCAUCGCUGCUUCUGCGAAAAGGUCCAGUAAGAAGAGAAGUCGUGGUGCUAAGGUUUUGCCUGCUAUGGCUGUGGACUUGAGGGAGGAGGAGGGAUCAGAGGGUGAGGUUAAGGUUUUGGAAGGAAAUGAUACGAGCGCUACCGGUUACCAGUUAGGGAAUUAUAGGCCAUGGUCUCCGGCGUUGGAGCCGAUAUCCGAGGAGUUUUGA